AUGGAAUCGACUAAGACGCUACCGUUGUAUACAGCGAAACAGCUACAAAGUCACAACACGGCCAAGGACUGUUGGGUCUCUUUGUACAACCGUAAACUCUACGACGUGACAAAGUUUCUAGAUGAGCAUCCGGGCGGACCAGAACUGGUUUUGGAACACGCCGGUAAAGACAUCACAGAGAUCUUGAAAGAUGAAUCGAUGCACGAACAUUCGGUCACUGCGUACGAGGCGCUGGAAGAGAAUUAUUUGGUGGGAUAUCUUGCAACACCAGAAGAAGAGAGCAAACUUUUGAAAGGGACUUCUAACGGGGUCCAGAUGGAGGUGAAAUUGGAGGACGAAUACGAUUCUACCAUUUUCGUGCCUGAAGUUCCGCCAGAAGAAAAAUUAAGCAUCGUUACGGAUUACUCACGUGACUUCACCCGUCACAAGUUUCUGGAUCUCAACAAGCCUUUGUUGAUCCAGAUGCUGCGUGCUGACUUCUCCAAAGAGUUUUAUCUGGACCAGAUCCACCGUCCCCGCCACUACGGUCGCGGCUCGGCUCCUUUGUUCGGAAACUUCCUCGAACCGCUCUCCAAGACGUCCUGGUACGUGAUUCCCAUCGUCUGGUUCCCUGUGAUUCUCUACCAUAUCUACACUGCAUUCCAGAACAUGAACAAGGUGUUUGCCACGUUUCUGUUUGGUGUAGGAGUGUUUGUCUGGACCCUCAUUGAGUACGGCAUGCAUCGUUUCCUUUUCCACUUGGACGAGUAUCUGCCACGCAACCAGGUCGCUUAUACAGUUCAUUUCCUGCUCCACGGUGUCCAUCAUUACCUGCCCAUGGACCGCUAUAGGCUUGUAAUGCCACCCACGCUGUUUGUGUUGCUCUGCACGCCCUUCUAUAAACUGGUGUUCGCUUUGUUGCCAUACUACUGGGCUUGUGCUGGGUUUGCAGGUGGCAUGUUUGGGUACAUGUGCUACGACUUGACACAUUACUUCCUACAUCAUGCCAAACUUCCAAAGUAUAUGCAGAGGCUAAAAAGAUACCAUAUGGAGCACCACUACAAGAAUUACGAGCUGGGAUUCGGGGUCACUUCUUGGUUUUGGGAUAAGGUUUUCGGCACGUAUCUCGGCGAAAAUGCGCCUUUGUCCAAAAUGAAGUUUGAGUAA